AUGGCGUCAUCGGCGCGUGCGUCGUGCGUCGAGCUCGGCUCGCGGCGCGGGGCACACUGCCGGGUGAAAGUCGCUUCCGAACCUGCAGGGUGCAGAAAGGGCAGCUGGGCCACCGUGUACAUCUCUCAGAUGAAGCCGGUAGUCGGACCACGCCACGCUAACACAACACUCAUCUGGCAGAAGUAUUUGGAAGGUGUGAAAACGGAUGCUAAUAAAACUGAUGAUGCAGCUUCAAAUGUCCCUGAAGUUCCUAAAACGCCCGAAGUACCCGGCAAAAAAUCUAGAAGAAUAGGCCGGUCCAGGAGGCUGCGCCAGUGCCAGGGACAACCACUUAAUUUGUUGGAAUGCUGCAACAUUGCAUGGCUUCCUGACCGUGCCAUCGCCAAAUGCAUCCGGAAGCCGGUUAACGUCCUUAAAUUAACGUGUGACGAAGCGCGAUGCGCGUUGAAAGAGGCAGGCUGGCUCGAGCAAUAUGGAGUAGUGAAGACGCUUGCUCUGCAAGCCUUCUACGAAAACCUGGCACAACGCGAUGUGGACUGGACGGAUGCGGUUAGGUCCAUCAAGAUGGAUUGUUUGAUGACCAUCCCCCGGUUUCUGGGCACUUACAUGGACUGCGUGGAAUUUGAUAUCAUAUACUGCGUAAUGAUUAAAAUGUUCAAGUACGCUCCCGUUUCCAGCUGGUCGACGGCCGACACGUGCCUCUCGGCCCGGCAGUUCCUCGCCUCGUGCCCGCUGUGCCCGGACGACUGCUACAAGGGAUCGGACGACAGUCUGGUGGCUGACUGUCGCGCUUGCGAGAUGGUUUAACAUACUGAUGUAGUACGCCUGGAG